UUGGGAGGUCGACGUCGAGUCUCGCGGUCUGGUCUGCGCCGAGUGCGACCGGGGGCGACCGGCCCUCUGCACACAAGAUGCGCCGGUGCGCGGUGCGUCUCGCCGUGCUCGUGGGCCUCACCGUGACCGUAAUCACGCUGCUACUGAACACCGUGUCAGCCGAGAUCAGCCGGGGAGGGGUCAGCUCCCAGCAGCUCGUCCCGGAGAAGAAAACCCUGAACCUGGCCGGAAUAUUUCCCAUCUCCGGAACGGAGGGAUGGCAGGGGGGACAGGCAUGUCUGCCGGCGGCUCAGAUGGCCGAGGAGGAUGUCAACGCCCGGGAGGACCUCCUGUCGGGGUACAUUUUACACAUGACCUGGAACGACAGCAAGUGUGAGCCGGGCCUGGGUGCCCGCGUGAUGUACGACCUGCUGUACAACAAGCCGCAGAAGUUAAUGCUGAUCGGCGGCUGCUCGACCGUCUGCACCACCAUCGCCGAGGCGGCGCGCAUGUGGAACCUCAUGGUGCUGUCGUACGGGAGCAGCUCUCCGGCUCUGUCGGACCGGAAGCGGUUCCCGACCUUCUUCCGCACCCACCCCUCUGCCACGGUGCACAACCCGACGCGCAUCAAGCUGUUCCAGCUGUACGGCUGGACGCGGAUCGCCAUCCUCCAGCAGGCAGAGGAAGUCUUCAUAUCGACGGUUAAAGACAUGGAGGAACGGUGCAAACAGGCCGGCAUCGAAAUCCUGACGCGGCAAAGUUUCCUCACCGACCCUUCUGAGUCGGUAAAAAACCUUCGUCGGCCGGAUGCCAGAAUUGUGGUCGGGCUUUUCUACGUAGCAGCUGCGAGGCGCGUUUUAUGUGAGAUCUACAAGCAGAAAAUGUACGGCAAAAGCUACGUUUGGCUCUUCAUUGGCUGGUACGAGGACAACUGGUUCGAGGUGAAUCUGAAGGAAGAGGGCGUCAACUGCACGCGCGAGCAGAUGGCUGAGGCUGCUGAGGGUCACAUCACCACCGAGGCGCUCAUGUGGGACCAGGACAACAGCACCACCGUCUCCGGAAUGACUGCUGGCCAGUUCGAGCAGCGUUUGAACGCAAAGCUGAAAAGUCCUGACCGAAUCCCGGACGGCUACCAGGAGGCGCCGCUGGCCUACGACGCCAUCUGGGCCAUCGCGCUCGCACUAAACAAGACAGCGGCAAACUUGCAAACGCGAGGCCUUUAUCUGGAGAACUUCACUUACACCCACACGGAAAUCGCUGACGCCAUAAAAACCGCAAUGGAGCAAACUUCAUUCCAAGGAAUUUCGGGUCUGGUGAAGUUCAGCACGAAGGGUGACCGACUGGCCCGCACUCAGUUUGAGCAGCUUCAGGACGGCAACUACGUCAGGCUCGGGUUCUACGACACCAACACGGACAACUUCACCCAGAUCGCCAACGCCCGCUGGAUCGGUAACAAGGUGCCGCAGGACCGUACGAUCGUGAUGGUGACGCUGAGGACCGUCUCGCUGACGCUGUUCGUCCUGAUGUGCUGCCUCAGCUUCCUCGGGCUGGCGGUAGCAGUCGGUCUGCUCUGCUUCAACUAUAUCUACCGAGAACGAAGGCUGAUCCGCCACUCUCACCCGGUGGGUAACGACAUGACGCUGGUCGGCAUCUGCCUCUGUCUGCUGUCGGUGGUGCUGCUCGGCCUGGACGGACGCUUCGUGCCCGAACACCACUACCACGUGGUGUGUCAGGCGCGCACCUGGACGCUCAGCGUCGGCUUCACACUCAGCUUCGGCGCCAUGUUCACCAAGAUCUGGCGCGUGCACCGGUUCGCCACUAAGGCCGAGGAGAAGAUAAAGGUGCAGCCGCGGCGUCUGUACAUCCUGGUGGGCUGCCUGCUGCUAGUGGACGUGGCCUUCCUACUCACCUGGCACAUCAUGGACCCGCUGUACAGGGACAUCGAGAGCUUCCCGCUGGAGGACCCGCACAACACGCAGGAGGACAUCAAGUUCAAGCCGCUGCUGGAGCAUUGCUACUGCCGCAACCUCACCACCUGGCUCGGAAUAUUGUACGGCUUCAAGGGUCUUCUGCUCAUCUUCGGUCUCUUCCUGGCCUACGAGACGCGCAGUAUCAAACUGAAGGAGAUCAACGACUCGCGACUGGUCGGCAUGAGCAUCUACAACGUGGUGGUGCUGUGUCUGAUCACGGCACCCGUCUCCAUGGUUAUCGGCAGCCAGCAGGACGCCAGCUUCGCCUUCGUCGCACUGGCCAUCGUCUUCUGUUGCUACAUCUCCAUGGGGCUCAUCUUCUUCCCAAAAAUCAUGGACGUGAUCCGUAAUCCCCGUGAGCGGGUGGACCCGGCUGAGGAGAUGCCUAGUCGAGAGGAGGAGGAACGCUACAGAAAACUGCUCUCCGAAAACGACGAGCUGCAGAGACUCAUCGCCGAGAAGGAGGAAAAGGUCCGCCUGCUCCGUCAGAAGCUGCAGGAGCGGGCCGCCGCUCGCACCACCGGCGGAGCUGUGGUAGCAGCCCCCGCCCUGGGCCUGGUGGCCGCCACUCGCAUGUUGGACCCCGGUCAGCCGCUGGGUGGCUCGGGCGCCGGCCCGUCCGCGUCGCGCCGCCCGAGCGCCGACCGAAGACCGAGCGCCGACCGCCGUCCGAGCGCCGACCGCCGACCGAGGGUGACGGUCGUCUGCGCCACUCCGCCACCGGGGGAGGGCGGUGGCCGAUACAGUCCAACACCUCGGUCCCCCUCGCCCCGGCCGGAGACCCCGGACGGACCGUGUUUCAGUAUCGUCGUCCCUCGUCGCGGCGAGGGCAGCAAGGGCAGCUCGCCGAGCCCCGAGCCAGUGUCGGCGGCAGCGGAAUCCGAACGGGAGCCCCUUCAGCCGAGCCCGGCGCCCAACCAAUCCAGUCCGCUGACCAAUCAGUCCAGUCUGACCAAUGUCAACAGCCAGCUGUCUAAUCAGUCGCUCCCAACCACAACUCCGUGCAGCCCUGUGAGCAAUCAGCCGAGUCAGGUUUCUAAGCCGGCCAAUUCUGUGUCUAACCAGCCUAGUCCAGUUCCAUUGGUGCAGAGUCCCGUACCAGUGGUGCAGAGUCCGACACCACUGGUGUCCAGUCCUGUACCACUGGUUCAGAGCCCGGCACCACUGGUGCCCAGUACUGCACCACUGGUGCAGAGCUCCGUACCCAGUCAGCAGGAUGGCCUGGACGCAAAACCAGCCACCACUCCAAACGCCAGUCCCGUGCCACCGGGGAUCAGUGUCCUGGGCAUCAUCGCCUACACGAAGGGGCCGCGCAACCCGGCCACGGGCGACUUCGACCCCAGCGAGAGCUAUCUGUAGGGAUUUCAGGCGAGGGCGUGUCCUGCUGGAAUCAGGUGGUGUGACGUUUUACAGGGCAUGUGAGCAUACGUAGGAUUGGCUGGAUGGGGAGAAUGGGAUGCAUACAUGCAUUUAAAUUGUUAGCUGACGUCAUGAUGAACACAUGAGUACACGUUUUCGGGACCUUUCACCCUCCAUUCCACUUCCAUGCAGACAACGCACACAUAGGCGGCGGAACGGGGAGGGCAUCGGGGCACCGUGCCCCCUUUGAUUUUGGCAUUUUAACAUUAACCCUAUGAACGUUGCAUGGAAAGAACGGGACAACAAGUCGGCAGUGCCCCCCCCCCCCUCUUAAUUGAAGGUGUUCCGCCGCUACUGAGCGCACAUUCAUGCACCGAACCAUGAUUGAAUAUCCAUAUACGGUCGUUUGAAAGAUAGCGAUGCCGCUAGAUAAUGAGCAUUUAAAAUGUCGUAGGGCGGUACCUGGUGUGAACGCACAAACAUGUGCAGUGUAUUGACGUGUUUUCGUGUGCAAUGUGGGGACACAGUAAAAAUGACUAUGUCGUAUCAGGAAGUCCGUGUGAUGAGUCAAUCAACGUAAUGCAGAUUAUAUUAUCCCCGGUCGGCAAUUUGAUGACUAUCAUGUUCGUCGGAAACAACCAAUCAAACGUUGAUUGUAUUAAUUUUGCGAUCUAACACAUGCCAAUUGGUCGCAUAUUACGACUAUAAGUAGAGCUGAGAAGCACCAUUGAUAUUGCUGCAAAGCAUAAAUAAUCAGUGUUUCAUGCUCGUAAUGCUCGUAGCGUUGAACUUACUCGUAUUUUAAUGAUGGCUGACACUUUCUUUUGAAUCUAAUGCUGAAUAGUUAUUUUUAAUUAAUAGCUAAAUCCCACCAGUGUGAGGGCAACAUUACAUAAUGAUAGUGGUCUGAUUAGUCGAGUUUCCAAUGCUGUUUGUGUUACCGUGUUCGGCACCAGCUAUUUUGCACAAAUAUUUAAGCGUUUUUGCUUAAACGCUUUUUAACUUAUGGCUAAUCAAUGUUCUUAUUGGUGUAAUUGGUGUGUACCUAAGUGUAUGCAUUGCAUCACAUGCUAUACCCAUAUACACAUGCACCCAUUUCCUGUGCUAACUGUUCUGUUGCGAGAGUAAGAGAUCAACAGAUCAAACAAAAAUACUUACAUUACGCAAUGCUUCGCGCUUGUAGUGGCUACCCGAUAUUGCUGUUAAAGAAAGGAAUAAUCUUAUUAAUGCAAUCAUUGCAAUUAGCACAGUACAAGGAAGGAGCUUGAAUCUCAUGUUGAAGUUACUGAUGUGUUCUGUUAAUGAGAUGUUGAUGUGUUGGUAACGUUGACAAUUGGUGAGCCGCACCUAUAAUUGUAGACCAGCCAACCCACCGAUCUGUGUUGUAGCGCCAUGCUUUGAUUGUUGUUGGUUCCUCGCUGUUGCCCAUUGUCCAAUGAGUGUAUCAUUGUUGUACCCUGGCCCUGGUGACCAGCGUAGUCGGUCUGUUGAGCCAAAUAGCCCGCGGCGCCGCCGGAACUCCUGUGGGGACCACUGUACGCUCCACGGUCCCGGGACGAGACCAAGCCGAGCGGCACCCUUUUGAGAGAGGCCGCCCUCCUCAUUUGCAGCUGGUGGCGCCGGCGGCGGUGCGCCUCAUCUGUAUUCAAAGCUGGCCCGAUUGUUUGCUAUCCGUUCGGAGGCCUGUUUAAUCCGCGGCUGUCGCGUGGACCACCGCCGGCGGUGCGCGCCGCUAAACAAUGCGCGAUGUGAGGCCGGGCCACUUGUCGCCGGCCAGAUUGAGCCAAGAUUGCUUUGUGAGUUUUGCGCCGUCGGUUGGCCGCGGGCACCGAGAGCCGGAGAGAGAGCCGAGCGGCUGGAAUCGCAGCCGAAUCGCCGCCGGCGCCGGCCGCUCGCAGCAGCUUUGACCCGAAUAAAGGUGCAUCAAUGCAA